CGAAAACCCGCCCGAUUCUGGUUAUUCUUCUGCCUCCAUUUAGAAGCCGCCUCCCUCUCCUUCACUCCAAUUUUUUUCCUGGCUCGCAACUCUCAUUUCCAGCUUCAUUCUUCGUCGACCAACAUUGCUUAUCGUUCUUCAAGCUGAGAACUUCUCCGCCGGACCCCUGGUCGUUGACUCGCUCGGGGAAGCACCAGAAGACAACAACAACGAGGGAGUCGAGCGGCAUCACUGAACCCUAGAGGUUGUUGAAUUUGGGGAAGAGAGAGUUUAGGGGAGAGGAUGGUGAGGAAGAGAGAUCAUGAAGUGGAAGAAGGUUCCGUUAAAAGACAGAGAGUGGAAGAAGGUCCGUCUUCUCCUGUAGAUACUGACAACCCUCUAGUCCCGUACAAUGAUGUGGACGAGGAGGAGGAGAAUGAAGCGAGGGAGCAGAACAAUGGCGGUAGGGGUGGAGAAGAGGGAGCUGUUGUUGAUGAUGAUGACGACGAUGAUGAUUAUAAUGAACAAGAGGCGAGCAUUCAGAGGCGGAGGAAGCUACUGGAGCCUCGUGAGGACUGUCCUUAUCUUGACACAGUGAAUCGCCAGGUGCUGGAUUUCGAUUUCGAGAAGUUUUGUUCCGUCUCUUUGUCGAAUCUGAAUGUUUAUGCGUGCUUGGUUUGUGGGAAGUAUUACCAAGGAAGAGGGAAGAAAUCCCAUGCGUAUACUCAUAGUCUUGAAGCAGGGCACCAUGUGUAUAUCAAUCUAGAGACCGAGAAAGUGUACUGUCUUCCUGAUGGAUACGAAAUCAUUGACCCGUCUUUAGAUGACAUACGGCAUGUGCUGAAUCCGAGGUUUACCAGGGAGCAGGUUGCACAGCUGGACAAAAACAGACUGUGGUCUAGGGCGCUUGAUGGGUCUGAUUACCUUCCUGGAAUGGUGGGCCUCAAUAACAUCCAGGGAACUGAUUUCGUGAAUGUUACAAUCCAGUCUCUGAUGAGGGUAACACCUUUGAGAAAUUUCUUCCUCAUUCCUGAGAAUUAUCAGCACAAUCGGUCCUCUCUUGUUCAGCGUUUUGGGGAGCUAACAAGGAAGAUAUGGCACGCUAGAAACUUUAAGGGACAGGUGAGCCCUCAUGAGUUUCUUCAAGCAGUUAUGAAAGCCAGCAAGAAAAGGUUUCGCAUAGGCCAACAGUCUGACCCUCUUGAGUUCAUGGCUUGGCUUCUCAAUACGCUUCACGCAGAACUUAAGACCUCCAAGAAGAAUAAUAGCAUAAUUUAUGACUGCUUUCAGGGAGAGUUGGAGGUUAUCAAAGAGAUUCCUAAGAAAGCUAUCACUGAAAAGAAAGAAAAUGUUGGUGACAAGAGUGAGAAAACUACUGAUGGUGAGACAGAACGUGGUGAUCCUCUGAUGGAGAAGUCCAGAAUGCCAUUCUUGAUGCUCGGACUGGAUUUGCCACCUCCUCCUUUGUUUAAGGAUGUGAUGGAGAAAAACAUUAUUCCACAGGUUCCUUUGUUCAACAUACUGAAGAAAUUCGAUGGAGAGACUAUCACCGAAGUAGUCCGGCCUCAUAUUGCCCGGAUGAAAUAUCGAGUGACCAGAUUGCCCCGAUACAUAAUCCUUCACAUGCAACGGUUUAAGAAGAACAACUUCUUCAUUGAGAAGAACCCAACAAUAGUCAACUUUCCCGUGAAGAACUUGGAACUUAAAGAUUACAUUCCUCUGCCAACGCCCAAGGAGAACGAGAAAUUGCGGUCGAAGUACGACUUGAUAGCCAACAUUGUCCAUGAUGGCAAACCGAAAGAGGGUGUGUACAGAGUGUUUGUGCAACGGAAGUCCGAAGAGCUAUGGUACGAGAUGCAGGAUCUGCACGUCUCAGAAACACUCCCUCAGAUGGUUGCACUCUCGGAGACGUAUCUCCAGAUAUACGAGCAGCAUCAGUAAUCCUUCACGAAUCGGCUAGCUGAGCCUCUCCGCCGUCUGCUGGCCGGUGACUCGCUCAGCGAAGCACAAGUGAAAGCAGAGGAGAAGAAGAAAGACAACAAGGACUCGAGAGCGGUAUCAGCAUUGAAAUUGGAGAAGAGAGCGAGUGAGUUUGGAGAGAUGGUGGUGAUGAAGACAUUGAAGAGUGAAGAACUUGAUAGGAUAAUGCUGGAUGAACAAGGUUCCAUUAAGAGACAGAAAGUGGAGGGAGCUGUUCAUGUUGUUGAUGAUGAUCAACAAGGGUCUAGCCUUCAAAGGCGGAGGAGGCAACUGCAGCCUCGUGGAGACUGCCCGUAUCUCGAUACCGUGAAUCGCCAGGUGCUGGAUUUCGAUUUUGAGAAGAAAUGCUCGGUCUCUUUGGAAAAAUUGGAUGUUUAUGCAUGUCUGGUGUGUGGGAAGUAUUACCAAGGAAGAAGGAAGAAUACCCAUGCUUAUACUCAUAGUCUUGAAGCAGAUCACCACGUCUAUAUCAAUCUACAGAAUGAGAAAGUAUACUGUCUUCCUGAUGGAUAUGAAAUCCUUGAUCCAUCUUUGGAUGACAUACGCCAUAUUCUGAAUCCGAGGUUUACAGUGGAACAAGUUGCACAGCUGGACAAAAACAGACAAUGGUCUAGGGCGCUCGAUGGAUCCGAUUACCUUCCGGGAAUGGUGGGCCUCAAUAAGCUUCAAGGAACUGAUUUCAUGAAUGUUACCAUUCAGUCUCUAAUGAGGGUAACACCUUUCAGAAAUUUCUUCCUCAUUCCUGAAAAUUAUCAGCACUGUCAGUCCUCUCUUGUUCAAUGCUUUGGGGAGCUAACACGGAAGAUAUGGCAUGCACGAAACUUCAAGGGACAGGUGAGCCCUCAUGAGUUUCUUCAAGCAGUUACGGAAGUCAGCAAGAAAAGGUUUUGCAUAGGCCAACAGUCUGACCCUCUGGAGUUCUUGCAAUGGCUUCUCAAAGCACUCCAUGCAGAACUUAAAAAUUCAAAAAACAAUAGCGUAAUUUAUGACUGCUUUCAGGGAGAAUUUGAGGUUAUGAAAGAGACAGAUGGCAAGACAGGAGAUGAUGAUGUUCUAAUGGAAAAAUCAAGAAUGCCAUUCUUGGUGCUCGGACUGGAUUUGCCACCACAACCUUUGUUUAAGGAUGUGAUGGACAAAAGUAUUAUUCCACAGGUUUCUUUGUUCGACAUACUGAAGAAAUUCGAUGGGGAUACUGCCACUGAAGUAGUCAGGCCUCAGAGGGCCUGGAUGAAAUAUCGGAUAACCAAGUUGCCAAAGUAUCUAAUCCUUCACAUGCAGCGAUUUAAGGAGAACAACUUCUUCAUUGAGAAGAACCCUACUAUAGUCAACUUCCCCUUGAAGAACUUGGAACUGAAGGACUAUAUUCCUCUGCCUAGGAAGAUAGAAAAGUCACCCUCAAAGUACGAUCUGAUAGCUAAUUUAGUCCAUGAUGGCAGACCAAAAGAGGGUUCCUACAGAGUCUUUGUCCACCGAAAGUCUGAAGAGCUAUGGUACGAGAUGCAGAAUCUGCACGUCUCAGAGACACUCCCUCAGAUGGUUGCACUCUCAGAGGCGUAUCUCCAGAUCUACGAGCAGCAUCAUUAGUAGCUCUCUUAAUUUUCCAUGUACAAUGACGUGAAAUCUGAACCCGACUUGGAGCAAAAACCAACAAGAUGAAUGUUUAAGUUGUCUUCUGAGAAUCUUCCCAGCACCAGACCUCGGAACCUUGUCCACGAACGUCACCCUCCUCAGCUUCUUGUACGGCGCGACCUGUGCUGCAAUGAAGGUCUGCACACUCGCUUCACUGAGCGAGCUGUUGGGCGCACGGACGACAUAUGCAAUAGGAACCUCGCCGGCCUUUACAUCCGGGUUUUGCUUAGUUAGGUAGCUACUUACGGGAUGACAACAGCGUCGACUAUCUCGGAGUGGGAGAGCAGCAGCCCUUCAAGUUCUGCCGGCGCCACCUAUAACGAGCCGAUUAAUUCAGUGCAACACGAGGAAAGGAGGUAGCUCAACUCGGCCAUGUUGUUCUCAACACCACCAUCUAUGAGAACGUGCACAUAGGCGUCCUCGGAUGAAUGCGGUGGCAAUGCAGAACGCCCAUCAUGCACAAUCCGAUGACUGUUCGCCCUAUUCGCCACGUUCUCUCAGAUGGCGUGUUGCGAGCACCAUAGCUUGUUUCGAGCUAUAUUUAUGCGAGGAAAGUGAAGGGUUCAAAGUACAGUUGUUUAGCUUGAUUGGCGUUACGGUACGUACCUUGCAUCAUAUUUGGUCCACGAACACAAAUCUCACCAGUUUGAUUGGGUGGCAGUGGAUUCGACGUCUCUAUGCCAAUUAUUUUGGACUCAACCCCGCCAUCGUAUCUGUUAGAGUGUGGUAUAAGAUCCAGCAUAACCUUCUCCCAACAACUUGAGUUAUUGGGAUCAACUGGUUUAUGACAUGGUAUCAGAGCUGGUUUGACCAAGUAGUCGUGUG